ACACGUCCAUGCCUCACAUUCCAGCUCGCAUACCACCAUCUCUUACCUCGCCUCCCCAAGGGGACACUGGGCUACAUUCUUGGAGCCCCAAGAAUGGACGUGAGUUAUAUGAUCGAGCAGGUAGGACGCAUCAAGUAGGACGUAUCAGGCAGGACGCGUCAGAGUAGGACGUAUCGUAACCUCCUGCAAUGCGUGUCCAUUGAACUGCGCCAGCGCUCACUUGCUCGGACGUCUCGUGGUUUCCUCUUCUCCGACUCUCGUGGCUCAUGGGGACCAAGUCGUUGCCCGACCGGUGGAUACUCAACUAAGUGGACCCCUCGGUGGACGCCCUGGCUGGAGAGAUGAGGCCCUGCGAGUCGGAGCGAUGCUCGCCGUGCGAGUGACGCCGGGUCUCGCCGAGAGGGGGGCCAUGGUGUCGCACGCCCUGGGGCCAGAGGGCCCCCCACCCUGCCAGCCCUACAGCAGGUACCAGGCGCUGAUGGGGUGCCAGGUGGCCCCGCGCGACGCCGGGAGCCGGGACUCGCGCGGCUCUCGUCGGCCGCACGAUCCGCGGCAAAGCCACGUCCACCAUCGCCUGCCGAGCCCGCCGGACCGGCGGCAUGGAGGGAACGACGGGCAGCAGCGCGACGGGCACCGGCAGCCCAACGGGGCGCCGCCCCCCGCCGGCCUAAAGGCGCUCGGCGUGCCGGGCGUGCCGUGGCCGCCCGGCGGCGUGGCGAGCAGGGACCUUCCCAGUGGUGGCAACUCGGUGCCCCCGUGCCAGCCCCAGCCCCAGCCCCAGCGCCAAGGCUCGGCAGACAGCCCCUGGGUGGUGCGGGAGGAGAGGCUGCAGGAGGCGGCCACCAUCAUCCGCGCUUCCGUCCUCGCCUACCUCACCAGACGUCGGUUCCUGCGGCUACGAGUGAGUGCCGUCUGCAUCCAGCGCUGGUUCCGCGCCGUGCGGCGCCGCCGCGAGCACGUGCGCCUCCGUCUGGCGCCGGCGACCCCGCCUGCCGGGACCCGUCGGGCCCUUCCGCUCGGCGCCGGCCACCCUUCCCCUCUUCCGUCGGCACGCCGCGGCUCCCCGGACGCGGCGGCGCCCGUGUGGGUGCACAGAGACGCGGCGGCCGCGACCGACGCGGACGACGGCGUCGCCAGCGGCGAAGGGAACGUCGGAUCCGCCGCCACGACAGCGCUCGACGGACAGAGCGUCGUAGCGCCGUCCGCCCCGGCCGCUCGCUCCCAGCAGCGGCAGUUGGCGCCACUGCAUCCGCCUCGAUCCUCCCAUGGACACGAAGGCGGCGGCGACGCCGGCGCCGAUGGCGGCGACGCCGGCGCCGAUGAAGACGAUGCCGUGUUCCUGGGCGAGGAGCUGCGGAGGCCCGGCUACACACGCGUCUUCCUGCCGCGUCGCCCCGCCACCGCGGGCGGUCCGCCGGCGGCAGCGGCGGCGCCGUCGCCGGACGCGCUGUCGUACCGCAGCGACGACGAGUGGAGCUGGCGCCGCGGCGACUCGCUGGAGGGGGGCCACGGCACGCGGGCCGACGCGGCCGUGUCGCUGCGCCGGGGGCGCCGCCUCCUGUCCCCCGACCGCGAGUUCCGCUACUCGGUGGGCACCUACAACAGCUCCGUCUUCGGCUACGGCUCCACCGACAUCCCCUCCGCGCUGCUGUUCGAGGACUCGGACGGCGCCCCGGACGAGGACGAGAUCCUGGCGUCGCGCCGCGGCUGCGUGACGAGCGGUGCCGGCGUGCGGCCCUACCACUCGAGCCACCUGAGCAUGCGCAGCGGGCCGAUGGGGCUGUGGAAGCGGCGCUGGUGCGUGCUCCGCGGCGACACCUUCAUGUGGUUCCGCACCAAGCAGGACUCGCUCAAGGCCGGCUGGCUGCUCAAGCUGCAGGGCGGCGGCGGCGCCGCGAGGGCCCCCGGGGCUCGCGGCGCCGUCUGGAAGCGCCGCUGGUUCGUGCUGCGGCGCGACGCGCUGCUGUGCUACGACAGCGACAAGCAGCAGCGCCCGCGGGGCGUCCUGGAGAUCCUCAAGGCCAAAGCCAUCGUGGACAACCCGGAGAGCGAGAACGGAAUCGACGUGGUGCUGCCGGAGCGCGUUUACCACCUCCGUGCCGACUCCCCCGAGGAGUCCAGCGAGUGGUUCAGCGUGCUGAGCCGCGUGCACUCGGCGUCGCUCGCCGAGCUGCGGGAGAUGCGUAACGAGCUCGCCAACCCCGACAACGCCGUGGAAACGUUGGAUGUGGGGAUGAUUGACGCGGUCUGCGCUUCAGAAAAUCCAGAAAGGGCUUGCCGGUUCUCGGUGCUGAGCGGCGGGCGGAUGCUGCGCUUCUCCGCGGAAUCGCCGCGUGAAGCGCUCACCUGGAUGUCGCUGCUGCAGCGCAGCAAGGGCGACGCGCGCGUGCAGGGCCAGGAGUUCGUCGUCAGAGGCUGGCUCUACAUGGAGGUGGCCAGCCCCAGCGCGAGACGGCACUCGUCCCGCCGUCGCUCCAUGCGUCUCCGCGGCGCUACCGCCGCCGCCGCCGUCGCCGCCGGUAGCACCCCGGCGCCUGCCGCCGGCGACGCCACCGCGCUCAAGCGGCGCUGGGUGGUGCUCACCGAGAGCUCGCUCGACGUCUACCGCACCUCGGAGCGCGGCGCCGCCAAGAUCAGCUCGCUCCUCCUCACCGGGCAGUGCACCGUGACGCAGCCCAGCCUGCAGCAGGGCCUGCAGCAGGGCCAGCAGCAGCAGAGGCAGCAGCAGCAGCGGGCGCACGUGAGACAGCAGGACAGCGCAGGCUACUGGCUGGUGAGCGUGCACGGCUCCAGCCUCGUCUACCGGCUCUACACGGGGCUGCUCACCGAGGCCUCCCGCUGGGCCGGGGCCAUCCACACGGUGGUGCUGGCCAGGCCACCCGGCACCACGCCGACCCUCCGGCUCAUACGGCACAUCGAGGCGGUGAGCGGGGACGCCGUGGCGGUGGAGCAGACGUACGCGCGGAACCCCAUCCUGCGCCACUCGCGGCAUGCGCUGCGCUCGCCGCUCCUGCCGCUGCCGCAUGGCGACUCGGGCCUACGGAGGCCCGGAGGGUCGAGCCCAGACUCGAUCCAGGACGCCGCGGUGCACAUGUUCGACAUCGUGCGGGGCCUGGGCGCGCUGGACGACCCCCUGCCGGCGUACCAGGCCGUGCUGCGGGCCUGCCUGGCGCAGCGGCCCCUGCAGGACGAGGCCUACUGCCAGCUCGUGAAGCAGACGGCGCUGGGCGGGCGCGAGGCCGCCGCCGACGCGGCGACGACGGGGGAGCUGCGCCGGUGCUGGGAGCUGCUCGCCUGUGCGAGCUGCUCGAUUCGGCCCAGCCCGCCCGUCCUGCGAUACGUGCGCUUCCAUCUCAAGCGGGCGCGGGACCGGCACGGCGACGCCUUCGUCGCUCGCUGCGCCGCCUUCGCGCUCGACGCGCUGCGGCGCACACGGGGGCGCGACUGCGCGGCGCCGUCGCGGGAGGAGCUGCGCGCCGUGGCCGCCGGCGCGGAGAUGAGCGUCACCGUGCACUGCCAGGGCGGCGGGCGGUGCCGCGUCUCCGUCACCAGCCACACCACGGCCGCCGAGGUGGUGGAGAAGCUGCUGAGCGGCCUCGCCAUGGAGGACACGCGCAACGUGUUCGCGCUGUUCGCGCAGCGCGGGACGGACGAGGGGCGCGCCAUCGAGGGACACACGCUGGUGGCCGACGUGCUCGCAUCUUUCGAGAGCACCGGCACCGGCGGCAGUCCGCCCGGCAGCGGCGGCGGUGCCGAUGGGAGCGAUGGGGGCGAGGAGGUGGUGCCGUGGCGUCUGUGCUUCCGCAUUUACUGCUUCCUGGACCCCGACCGCGUGGCUCCCGACAGCGUCGAGUUCGUCUUCAUGUUCGAGCACGCGCACGAGAGCGCGGUGCAGGGCUCGCUGCCGCUGCGCGACGCGGCGCUCUGGCAGCUGGCGGCGCUGCGCCUGCAGUACGAGCACGGCGACCUGCAGGCCGGGCCGCAGGGGGCCCUGCCGGACGCGCUCCACCCGGCCAACGUGCACGCCGUGUACCCCGUGGGACGGCUCCGGGCCCGCCUGGCCGCCCAGCGCCCGUGGGCCGCGCGCGCCGAGGAGGCGAGCGCCGGAGCCGAUGCCUCGUCGCGAGGGCCGGACUCCUCCGUGGCCUCCUCGGCCUCCUCGCUGAUGUCGGGAGAGCGCCGACCGCAGGGCCUCCUGGGAAGCGCCGUGCGCCGCUCAUUGCUCCGCUCCUUGCUCCGUCGAUCCAAGCCUCCCGAUGCCGGCUCGUGCCCGGAUGGAUCCAUCUGUGGGGGGGACAGCAGAACCUCGUCGUUCAGCGGGGUCGUGGGGCCGUGCGGACCCGGCGGCGAGGAGCUGGCGGCGCUCCCCGAGGCGCUGGCGGCGGCGCGCGCCGGCAUCGCGAGCGCGUGGCUGCGCCUGCAGGGCGUGGGGCAGGAGCAGGCCAUGGCGCGGUACAUGGCGCUCGUGCGCGAGUGGCCCGGAUACGGCUCCACGGUCUUCGAUGUCGAGUGCGUUGAGGGCGGGUUCCCGCGCGAGCUGUGGCUGGGCGUGGGCGCACGCGCGCUCAACGUGUACUGCCGCGGAGACGCCGUGCCCAUCGAGACCAUCCCGUACGAGCACGUGUUGGCGUUCGGUUCUCCCGAGGCCGGCGUGUACCGCGUGGCCACGCGCAGCCGCACGCUUGCCUUCCGCACCGCGCAGGUGGUGGAGAUCGCCAAGCUCAUGAAGGUGUACGUGGCGCGCCUGGUGCGGCGGCACCACGUGCAGCGCUCGCUGUGCAGCAGCCAGGGCAGCUGGAGCAGCGCCUGUCCCUGAGGGCGUCGGGAUUUGAGCACGGGAGGACGCGUCAUCUCCCCAACGUAACUAUGAAGAGCUGCGAUCACGGUCGACCGAUCCACCAAAGUCGCUCAACAUUUCUUUGUGGUCGAUUACUCAAGCCGUAAAAAAACGUCAGCCGUCAAAUGAAUCUUGUGUAUCUCCUACGAAGGAGAACGCCCGAAGAGCCACGGUCAGCACGACGCAGCUAUGCCAUUGACGUCACAAAGACCCUCCCAGGACCUCCCAUCCAGCGGCACGUGUGAGGACAGAGGCGACUCCCCCACCCCCCAGCUGUUUCCAUACUGCCGGACUCAUCGAGUAAUUGAACUUUGCCUGCUUGGCACAUGGGUGAUGUUUUUAUUCCAUGUCUGCCCAACAUGAGGGCAUUGUGUUUUUGAAUGGGACGCAAGGAAUGACAGAAAAUGGAAUUGAUGAGUUUUUAAAUGAAGUCAAAUAAAAGGUAAUUGCAGCACAUGCCAUGAAAGGACGACGUGAAGCGGCGCCAAUCAACUUCCAAGUUGCAAGAUGUUUGCAUCUUACAAUUGACAAGUGGUUUACAACAAAGCAGUUGCACGGAUCCCUCGUACCUAAUUUAAGCAGAUUUCUUUCAUUGAUCGAAAGGUCCCAUUUCGGUGGCCCACGUGUACCUCUCCGGUGUCACUGCGUGUGGGAGUGUCACGUUACUGUUGAGCAAAAACAUGUUAUUUCCACGAGCACGACUGCCAACAUCGCUGACGUGAAAUAAUCCUGACAUUACAGAGGGGGCGAACCCAUCACGCCCUCGCCGCUGAUCAAAACAAAAACCGGCCGGGGAACUUUGGCGUCAAGUCUCAACAAGCACAAGAGGUCUCGUGGGUUUGGAACGGCUCCAAGCCCCCCCCCCCCACGCUGUGGCAUGGACACAGACCUCGCACCGCGCUCAAUGCAAACACUCGGCAGUGUUUAAUCGCCGAGUUGCGACCCCUGCUGGUUUGAUCACCGCAGAUUUUUUUACGCUCCACAAACGACCACGGUCUCGUUACAUGCAAACACGCAAAUCUGAACUCAAAAACGUCGUGAGCUCGCUGCUGCACAAAGUAUUAAGGACGAUCGUUACUCGCGCUCGUCUCGCGAUCUGCAGUCCCGAGUCGCCACCUCACCUGGCUGAGUCCCCACACUUUCCCAUCAAUGUUCGCCGUUUGCGCGCUUUGAAAACUCCCCAAACGACGCACCGCCACGUUGAGCGUGUACAGAGCGUAGGCGGCGACUGCGACAUCGAGGUGCUCGCCUUUGCAGUGUUAAAGCCAUUGUGUAAAAGUGGUGUGCAGUAAAUCUAGGGUUUAAAACAAAGCACUUAGCAUUGUUAAUAAAGUUAAUUCAUGAACGAGUUGAGCUGUAUUGAACAGCCUCAAGUUGAGAUUUUUCUACUGUAGACGAGAGGGGGUAAGCAAUAUGGUUCUUACCAAGGGCCAAAUAGGGCUUUCAAUGCCUCCGACAUGCCACGUAUCUAAUAAACCUCACUUUUACCAAAGAACGUGAAAAAUAAUGCUGAACUUUACCACACGAAUGCGCUGCCUGCUUUACCGUUAGAUCGGUUCCGAAGCAGACAUGGGUAGAGUGCUUGCAGUGACAUAAAUCACAUGGGCCAUUUCAAAGUGGCAGGCCUCAUGGGAUGAAGCUGCAGGUCUGAUAGGCACAAGGCAGUGGAUACCUGCGCUGCAGGAGCACAAUCAAAAUGCAUUACACGUCCAAGUAUAACUUGGGACGUUUACUCACGUUUUACAGAUUCCGAAGGAAAUAUUGGAAAGUCGAGGCUUAUGCAUGGAUUUUUUUUUAAACUCGAAUUGGUGCGAAAAGCCACACCAUGUUAAAAUCUCUUACACUGGCAAAUAGAUUGUAAAUAGUGUAAAUAUGGACAGUAAGUAAAACUGGAGUGCCUGUGAAUGGUACCGAUUUGUAAAUGUUAUCAGCAUGGAAUGGGGGUCUUCCCAUACGAUUGGUGUGGUAUACGAUGGUGGUAACGAUUUGUGAAUGACACGGCGCUUGUACCGAGUUGCACAUUUCAUAUUCCACUAAAGUUGUUGGUGAUUGGUUUCUGGGAACACGGCAACCACUAAAUUUGGACAAGCGCCGCAAAGGAAAUAAAUUAAUCAAAUCACAAGGUCAGAACAUCCCAUAACUAAAGCCAUGUUUAAAACAAUGUGUAGAAAGUUUGAUAUUUUUCCAAGCACCAAGUAUUUUUUACAUGCAUAGUGCUCAUUUGUGGCUUACCAUUUAAAUACACAAAGGUUGCCGAGAGGUUGGAUUUUGCACGUUAACUUUAUUAAACAAAACUAUAAAAUCGAAA